AUGUUAUCCCGGGUGGUACUUUCUGCCGCCGCAACAGCAGCCCCCUCCUUGAAGAACGCAGCCCUCCUAGGUCCAGGGGUGUUGCAAGCCACAAGGAUCUUUCACACAGGGCAGCCAAGUCUUGCCCCUGUACCACCACUUCCUGAAUAUGGAGGGAAAGUUCGGCUUGGGCUGAUCCCUGAGGAAUUCUUCCAGUUCCUUUAUCCUAAAACCGGUGUCACAGGACCCUAUAUGCUCGGAACUGGACUUAUUUUGUAUUGUCUAUCUAAAGAAAUAUAUGUGGUUACCCCAGAAACAAUCUCUACCAUAGCAACAGUGGGAUUGCUUGUCUAUGUAAUUAAGAAAUAUGGUGCCUCUUUUGGACAGUUUGUUGAUAAAAUCAAUGAGCAAAAAAUUGCCCGACUAGAAGAGGUGAAGCAGGCUUCCAUCAAAUACAUUCAAGAUGCAAUUGAACUUGAGAAGGCGCAGCAGGCACUGGUUGACAAACGCCAUUACCUCUUUGAUGUUCAAAGGUCUGUGCAGAAUAUGAUGCGUCGGAAAGAACAAGAGCAUAUGAUAAACUGGGUGGAGAAGAAUGUGGUGCAGAGCAUCUCUGCACAGCAGGAAAAGGAGACAAUUGCCAAGUGUAUUCAAGAUUUAAAGCUGCUUGCAAAGAAGGCUCAAGCACAGCCAGUUAUGUAA